GGGGUGUGGGAGAUAAUGAUGAGAUAAUGAUGUCAUCAGUGAGUAUGUAGGCUGUUAUGGUUCAGCCUUCGUGUCUCAAGAAGAACUUUCCAUCCACAGAGGAUGCCGUCUGUCUUCGGCGUGUGUUUUGUGAAUCAAACUUAAAGAUGGUGUCAAGGUCGCGUAGAUGGGACUUGAAUCAGUUCUGAAUCAUUCUGAUAAAGCCUCGAAUCUUUCCACUGUGGCUCAGGACCGAUCGUUAUCCGGCGAUUCCCGACGAAAUGCCUGGAUUGAUUAUGACACAUGUACCGUCAGAAUUGUCUCGCCGAACUGCCCCGAAUUUCUCCGAAACACCAAACACCCAAACCGCCACCGGCACCUCGAUCAACUGCAGCUCUGCCCGCCAGCACUUCAGCACACCACAGAUGACUAUCUCCACGGCUUCUCACCCGACGUCAUCGGCGUCAGCCCAAUACCACGGCGGUGCCGCAUCAACGAUGAUGUCGGCAUCGUCGUCGAGUCGAAUUGCUCGACCUGCAGAACGUCUUCGACUUCGUGAAUGGCUGAAGAAAAUGAUAGAAACCCAGGCUAUCCAGGGCUUGUAUUGGAUUGACAAGGAGCGACAGAUUGUGAAGAUACCGUGGAAGCACGCAGCCAGGCACGGGUGGAGUCGGGACAAAGACGCUUGCCUUUUCAGGGCAUGGGCGAUCCAUACAAAAAAGUACGACCCAACGACGGACAGUCCGAAGGCGAACCCGAAGGUCUGGAAGGCCAACUUCCGGUGCGCCAUCAACUCCCUCCCGGACAUCGAAGAACUGAGAGAGAAGGGGAAGACGAAAGGCAACGACGCCUACAAGGUCUACCGUCUUCAUCCCAAGAAGACAAGGAGACAGAGGGAGGAAUCGGAAGGAGGAUGUAAAGUGGUCAAGAGACAAAGAAGUUCAUCUAAGAACAGGGCGAACAAAACCGACAAGAAACAUCGGAAAAGAAACGGCCUUAUCAUUCCUUCCUCUGAGAAUCUUAAAAUGGAUCCUUCUUCGAUGACCAAACUCCCCAAUACGAGCAAUGAAUUAAAAGAGGACCUUUUGAAGAAGAGGAUGGCUGAAAUACGUGCUGCAAAAUCAGAUCACAUGAGUCUGAAUUUCAAGUGUGUUUUCAAACCAAACGGCUCGGUCUCAUCGAAUAACUUACUGUCACCGAUGUCGCCCCCAUCCACCCUCCAGUCACCGAUGACCCCGUAUUCGAUGACCACAUCAAACGGUGUCCACUUCGCAUCACCGAAUGCGUACUCGUCCGGCAUGACGCACGGUACCUCCGUUUCACCGUGCAGCACCGUAGCGUCGACGCCGGCGAGCACGCCGCAGUCGCCGCCGCCGCCGUACCAGGUCGUCAUGAACAGUCGACAGGAGACGCAAUACCGGAUUAACAUGGAUGCGACAUUUGAAUUGAGCCAUCAAAAUCAAAUGGGAUACGAAGGCUACCACGAUGAUCUGAGUGACAGCGAUUCAUGCGGAACGAUGAUGUCGGAUAAAGAAGUAGCAGAUCUGGUGAUUCAGUUGAAGGAGCACAGUCCUGGGCAUAGCUCCGGGAGCAGUUCGCCGCUGGACGGCAACAACAACCUGGACACCUCCAUGGAUUAUAGCUCAUGUUGGACCAAUCACAGACAUCCAGACGAAAGAAUAUUCUUCAGCGACGCGAUGGCCAUGGCAAAUAACAGAGUAAUGGCGGGAGAUUUACCAGGGUAUGAACAAGCCCCUUUAAUGACCCAGAUCAAAGUCGAACCCGAGACCCAACACCCCAUGCAGGCACAUCACCACAACUCCAUGAUCAACGGUUACGCUUCCCUCGCGGGCCUCAACACGCAACAUCAAGAUCUAUAUGUUGACUCGAACUAUCUCCUCCAUCAACUCUGAGUCUUCAUGAGUGAGAAAUCUGCGUUGUAAACCAGUUUGAACCAGUCGUGGGCGGUUUAAACCGAAUCGAACUGGAAAUACUUGGACUGUGGCUGUGUGGCACCAAACAUUGCCGAAAACUUAUCAUAUGACUUUGGAGGAAUUCACAUUUGAAAACAAGCAAGAACGGAUAUAAUACCCUGAUGUACUUGGAGAUAAUUUGGGGGACAUGUUUGUGAAAUAUCAUCAUGUCAGCAUUGAAGGAUGUGUGAUUUUCUAACUCCGAAACAUUUCAUAUUUCUGAAGCGGCGCCUGAAUGGAUUGGCGGCCAUGAACAGCAUGGUGAAAGUGCACUUAGCUUGGACUUGCUAUGCAUCAAACAAAACUAUUUCGAGAGUUCUUCCAAACCUGUAGGAGGUCCUUGACGACAGUAUGUACUUGAGAGACUAAUCACUGUUUGAAGUGGUUCAUGUUUGAAGGCGAGGGACCUUGUGAUAAUUGUCUUCGGUUUCGAGGGAUACUCGGCAGAUACCCGAAGACCGACGCUUCAUGAAAGGGGCCGAAGCUACUUCCUCCAGCUGAAUAAAUAAUAAUAAUAAUAAUGCUUCAAUUCGUAUUAUCAUAGAUUGCUGUGGAUUAAAAAGGGACAAGUUGUGCAGAACUGUGCCUAUUUUUUUUUAAACAUGUGGUUUGAAAAAUAAACAAUUGUUGACCAUUUCUUUUUCCUUUUUUAAGGCAACAUUUUUGUACGUGAUACAUGUCUUCCAUCAUUAUCACAAAAAUAAGAUAUGUCUUUAUUCAUCCAUUGAGAUAUCCUUUUUUGUUACAAGUCUCGGUUUUGCUUCGAUAUUAAUUUUGAAUGUUUUCUUGACUGAAAUUCGAUCUCGUAUACGAUUCGUUUAUUUAGAUUAGAGUAUUGAAAAGUAAUGCUGAUAGUUAUUUGAUGAUAAUUAGACAAUGACAAACGGAUACAAAACCGUUUCGAAUGAUUACACAUCAGAGUAGAAAAAAGUGCAUGAACUGAAAUAGCUCUGAAUAGACAUCAACGUAUAUAGCGAAUGCAGCAGUCUAUAAUAGCGGUGUUUGCUUUUUAUGUGAUAAUAAUGAUCAACCUAAUUUUCCUAGAAAUAAGUUGAAGUAAGUGCGUCUGUGAAGAUGUUUGCAGACUUAAAUGAAAAUGAAUUUCGAAUGUAAACGACGUCUGCAUGACUUUCGUGUAGAAUAGAGUAGAAUCUUCGAGUGCAUUCCUUUCUAAAAAAAAAUAGAAUUAGUGUUGUUGUAUAGAAAUCAUUCAUUCAGGCAAUUCCGUAAAAUAUUCAUUUUUGUAACGUCCGACAUCCGUUUUCUUUAUUUGUAUUUCACUUUUGAACUACUUGCCCAAUGGUAAUUUAACAAUAUUGCAUUUUUUAAGAACUCGAAAUCAGAGAUAGGUCAAUUUCCGUAUGGUCCAAUGGGGGGGGGGGGGGGGGGAGGGGGGGGGGGGUCGGUCAUAUAUUAUAUUUCAUGGAAUUGCCGAUUUGUAAACCUAUGCAAAUAAGUAUCUUUGAAUCCACCGAAGACGAACAAUAUGUGAGUAUAUAGCUUAUUGAGAGACAGAAAGUUGUCGAUGUUCACUCUAAAACAAACUAAUGAAAACUACUUAGAUAAGAUUGUGCAACUUAUUAUAUCAUUCUUGUCAGAAAUGACUGUGUUCGAGACAAAUUGAAAAUUAUGACUAAAAUAAUUGCGCGUAUUCGAUCCUUUUAUUCUAGUCAUUUUGACCAAGCCAAGUGGCGCUGAACAAAUUUCUUGCAGUUGAUUAAGGUUCUUUAAUAAGUCAUUGUGAAGUAUUACGUAAUUUUUAUGCAAAAUCAUUAUGAAUGUUUGUUUAUGUUGUGCAUUGUUCGAUUGUUAUGUUGCUUGUCUCUGUUUGAAUGGAAUAUAUGACAGUUUGAGUAAAAUAUAUAUGUUUCAAAGCGCAACUGUCGACGAGAUCUGCUCAAUAGAGUGAACCCCGUGCUCCUGUUUUAAACAUCUCAUUGUAUAUUGUUCCAAACCAUGUUUGACAUGGACUGUAAAAUAUUGUAAAUAGAAUUAUAGAUGUUCCUAUAUAGCGUCAUGGUUUCGUGUAUAUACAUUUUUAUUUGUUGUGCGCUCUAAAUUGCCUUAAUUGGUCGUUGCAAAAUAGGCUGUCAGAAUUCGAUUUAUAUAAGGAUAGAGACGUGUUGAUAUUGGUCCAUUUCCGUUUUUCGUUUCCCUUUCUUUCAACUCCCCCAGUUUCAUGUCUCUUAACCUCUCCAAACCUCCUCAAGGGCCUAACAUUCAUUUAAAUGACGACGCCCCUCUUGUUAUUUAUUAACCAAUGUGUUAGUUAUCGGUGUUAUAUCGAAAUAAAACUGCUAAAAUUAGUCUAGCGAUGCUCUAAUGGCAGCACUUCUUCUCUUGUAGUAUCAAUCAAUUACUUUUAAAUCAUCAUCACCGCCCAUAUGACAUGUAUUUAAGUGAGUGAGUCGGCGAGAGAAGGGGAAAUGGUCCAUCUUUUAUGUCAAUCGAAAGUCAGACAUCCGGGUCUUAGAUAGAAUGACAUGCAUAAUUAUAAGAUACCUGUCGAUAAGACGAAGUUUAUUACGAUGUUCUAUUACGGAAGCGAAACAGAUAACCGAAACGAUGAUGCAAUAGUAAUAUUCAUAGUUUUCCGGACAACACCCAACACCGACAACUUCCAUUCGAAUUAGUUAGCAUGAACAUAAUAGCAUUUAAUUAAGGAAAACAGUGUUCGUAGAUGGCUUAAAAUUAGUACCGAGACCAUAAUUCAUCGCUCUUUGAAUUACGAAAUCAUGCACGCUUUUUCUCUUAUUCCGCAUGGCCACCGUAACGCAGGGACGACACUAAAGCUCACAUUAAGCCUUUAUUGUUUGGCAAUAUUAUUGAUGACACAAUGAAGGCAUAAUUGUUUAUUUCUGACCAACAUUCCAUACAAUGUCAAAUCAUGUCAGAUACUAUAUGAAAUGCCAUCGAUUCCUCUAAAGAUAGUAACUUUGUCCAGAAUUUAUAACGUAAAUCACUGAUUUAGCUAAAUAUUUGCAAUAUUUCGGGUCAGGCAGAAUGGCUAUAGAGCUUCAUAAUUCAAGUGGUCGGUUAUUGAUCAAGAUGUAUAUGAUUAUGUGAUAACGGUACCACCAUACCAUUAAGAAUUCUUUCGACGAGAAUGUGUGUCCCGCAUGCCCCAGUGCUGGUGCUGGGACACCCACGCGGAUUCCCGGCGCAGCCUGGGUGCUCUCAUCAGGCACGCGAUAAUAACCACCUUGAAUAUUUGAUUUGGCGCCUUUUAGAUAGUAAAUGACUUCCAUUUCGUAUAAAUUAGUUUAUGAAUCGUUGAAUAUACACGAGAAAGAGAUGUUGUAUACCUCCCAUUCCGUCGGAAGCCAUUUUCCACCCUGGACAAAUAUUGAUUCAUCCCUUUAAAUCCAAGCAUUGUUCGUUAAAAUUAACCGCUUUUCAAAAAUAGUUUCAUAAUUCAUAAUGAAUGUUUUUUUUCUACUGCCAAGUGUCCCGUUAUGUGUUUCUGGCAUAAUGUAACAAACAGAACUUCAAAUUCUUCUCUUUCUUUGUUGUAAAAAUCUAUAUGUACUUAAAUGGCAUGUACUCAACUCUGAAUACUUUCUUUCGAGGUAUAGAUGGAACUGGGUGUGGAAAUUAAAAAGACUGGCCAUACAGUGUAUGGUACGCGUUUAAAGUAACCUUUAAAAGGUCUAUGUUGAUAAUUUCAUUUUACUUCUUUUAAUGUAUAUUAAUGCAUAUUUUGAUAGCUGUGAUAGGUUUGCUCGAAAAAAUGAAUGCUUUCGUAAAUCAUGUAAAUCAAAUGGCAUGGCUUUUUUUUUCAUGCAAAUUUGUGAAUCGUCACUUUAGCAAUUUCAGUGCACGCUUCGAAUCAUAAAAAUGUAACUUGUGCACAAUCAAUGAAUUAUCAUAUUUUCUCUAAAAAAAAAUGACAUUUUGUGCUGUAUGAUUGCGGAAUGCUUUGAAUGCAGUUUGAAUGGCGUAGUGAUAAUCUGAUUCCAUAGGAUUAACUGUCUGAUUUGCUUAAUGAAAAGGAUCUACUUCGAAGUUCAUGUUAUGGAAAAGUAUUUUGCGGUACAAGGUAUUAAAUAUGAAUCUGAUGUUGUUAUUGUAUUGCUUUCGUGUUGUACUGUAUGAUCGUGUAAUGUCUGUUUGUGUUUUCUGUUCGCAUCUGUAAGUUUGCAGUACUUUUUUCAUGUACUUUUUAAGGUACUUUUUUAUCGAAUAAUACAAUGUGUGUAUAACUUACCUAUAUUGACUAGAUUUUGUGAUAAAACCUUUUGAUACCUUUGCAAAUACA